AUUUAAUUUCUUGUGCUGGCAUGUUUUCUACUGCUAAAGAAUAAGUAAAGCAAGUUUUGGUUUUGUAGCUCUGUAAUUCCUCCCCUCUCAUCUUUCACUUUCGAUCCAUCACUUGCUUGCUAAAUUUAGAUGAUGAACUAAAUAAUGGAAAUCCCAUCGAGUAAUGGAGGAGAAAUGGCAGUGCCAAUCCAUCUCCCUCCUCCAAUUCACAAUGCUCAAGUAUUCAUACCUGCACAAAUCCCAUCUUCCAUUGGGCCCACCAUGGAUCAGCAUGGGCCCCACAACAUCAAUUCCAACCAAAUGGCUGUGAGCAUCAGGUACAGGGAGUGCCUCAAGAACCAUGCAGCUGGGAUGGGAGGGAAUGCCACUGAUGGGUGUGGUGAGUUUAUGCCCAGCGGUGAAGAUGGAAGCCUUGAGUCACUCAUCUGCUCAGCCUGCCAUUGCCAUCGGAACUUCCACAGGAAGGAGGUUGAAGGGGAUUCCCACGGCCCACCUUUCGGGACGAAGGUCUACCUGGGCUGCCACCACCUGCGAGCAUUGUAUGGUGACGCAAGUGGAUCAUCAGGCCCGCACCAAGUCAUUAACAUGAUAUCAGAGCCAAACAAAGAGAGGAGGGUGGUGGUGGUCAUGCGGCCUCCACACCCGGGGCAGGUGGUGAAGAAGAGGUUCAGAACGAAGUUUACACAAGAGCAGAAGGAGAAAAUGGCGAAGUUCGCAGAGAGGGUCGGGUGGAAGAUACAUAAGGAAGAAGAAGCAGCGGUGCAGCAAUUCUGCCAACAAGUUGGGGUGAAGAGAAGAGUUCUCAAGGUCUGGAUGCACAACAAUAAGCACACAGCCCUUUCCAAUAAGUUCUCUCAACAUCCAUCUCCGAUCCUCUAAUGCAUGCCCAAUAACUACUUUAACUUUCUUGUACUUUUUAUUGUUGUUGCUGUUGAUGUAGACUUUUCUACUUUGAGAGUAUGGAUUAGAGGAUUUUAGCUCAAUAUAUUAAAAUGAUAUCGAGGUAAGUAUGUUCCUGAUUAGAGUAUGUUCCUAACUUCAAUUCAUGUGGUGGUGUGGUACUAUGGUGUCUUCUGCGGCCUCCUUUUUUCUUUUAC